CCGUAGAGUUUCUCAAACACCUCUAUAAAAAGAGUCCUAUCCUAGCUACAAAUGUGGGAUGCAAGGGGCAAAUUGACAGUCAGCAUGGGUAGAAACUUGAAAAAUGUAGUGAUAGCUUUUGUGGCUCCUCUUCCCUCCUUAAUUUUCUACCUCUAUUUCCUGGGCUACUGCAGUGAAAAUGGGUGUGGUGUUUCUUCUCCAGGCAAUAGCAGCAGCGGCACCUAUCUGUCGCCUCUGUGGAAUUGGUGCUACAACCACCCUAUACUACUCGCCAAUCUCUUCUUCCUCCUCAACGUUGAUCUCCUCUUUUGGCUCAUUGGUCUCCUCCAAUCUAGCAACUGGUUGAUAGAUGUUUAUUGGACAGUCAUACCAGUCUUGCUUUUGCAUUACUACGCAACUCACCCUCUUGCAAAGUUCAAUCUAUGGAGGUCAAGGGCUGUGAUGCUGAUAACAUGGGUGUGGGCUAUGAGGCUUAGUCACAACUACUUCCGCCGCGAAAAGUGGCAGUGGGGUGCCAGAGAGGACUGGAGAUUCACUGAUAUGCACCGAGAGUAUGGCAAAAGUUGGUGGUGGGUCUCCUUCUUUUCCAUCUACGUUGCUCAGCAGGUGUUUCUGAUCGGAGUCUGCAUGCCUUUUUAUGUCAUCCACUCAGUUGACAAGCCAUGGAAUUUCUGGGAUUUCGUAGCCGUUGUCAUCUGCAUAACAGGUAUAGUCAUUGCGUAUAAUGCCGACACACAACUCUACAAUUUCGUGACAAGAAACGAAAAACUAGAACAACUCGGCGAGCCUGUCUUGCCAAAUCUUGACAAGGGCCUCUGGCGUUACUCUCGGCACCCCAACUACUUUGGAGAGCAAUUGUGGUGGUGGGGACUGGUCGUCUUUGGGUGGAACCUUGGGUAUGGUUGGACCGCCGUUGGGGCAUUGAUAAAUAGCAUGUGCUUGGCGUAUGUCACCGUGCUCGUGGAGAGGCGGAUGCUGGAAAAAGAAUACAGAGCUGAAGCAUACAGGGCGUACCAGAAGACAACCUCAGUGUGGGUGCCUUGGUUCAAGUCAUCUCCAAAGGGAGGAAAAGAAAAGGACACGUGAUUCUUUUCUUUCACUUUAGGGAAUAAGUUCAUGUGUACUUCAAUUAUGCUUCUUCUUUUUCUCUUGUGUUCUUAGAUCGAAGAACUUUGCAUUUAUCUGUGCAUUCUGUUGUUAAUGUGGAAGAUGAGUUGUUAGUGUCAUAGUUUUCUCAAAUGAGUUGCUGUAUGGAAUUGUAUAAAGCAUUUCUGCAUCUAGUAAACAAGUUCAUUUCCCUUUC